CUAAGCGCUAAUAAAAAGAGACCAGAAAACUUUCUUGAGGACGAGAAAGAAGACUCCGGUUCGUCUGCCUGUCCGUACGCCGAUCAUCGUAUUCUGUCAUGAAAUCCAACGUCACGGAGGUAGCGACGAGAAUAAGCAGAGCUCUCCUCUCGGCCUCCGACCGCACCGCCCCGACGCGCGCGUGGACGGCCUCGCUCGAGCAGACCCUGCACCGCCUCCGCUGCCGCGACUCGCUCGCCGCCCCUCACCUCGUCGCCCGCGUGAUCGACCCGUUCCUGAUCCCGCACCACUCCCUCGCCCUCGGCUUCUUCGACUGGGCCUCCCAGCAGCCCGGCUUCGCCCACGACCCCCUCGCCUACCGCGCCGUCCUCAAGUCGCUCCCUUCCCGGCAGUCCAAUGCCGUGGAAGCGCUCCUGAAGCGGGCCAGAGCCCGCAGGAUCGGCCUCGAUGGUUCCGCCUACGGGCACGUCAUCGCUUGUUUUGUCCGGAACAGGAGGACCCACGAUGGGUUUUUGGUUUUCAGUGAGGCUGGCUCGUCGGUCGGGGACGUUGGGCCGGACGUGUGUAACUUGCUUUUGGCUGCGCUCGCGUCUGACGGGUAUAUCGAUAAUGCGAGGAAGGUGUUUGAUGAAAUGACGCGGCGAGGCGUUCGUUUGAGCACUUUGGGAUUGGGCGUGUUCUUGUGGAAGUUUUGUGGUAAUGGGGAGAUUUCCGAGGUUUUGAGCGUGUUAGAUGAAGCUAGGAGGGGUAAUGCAGGGAUUAACGGGUCAGUUAUUGCUGUUUUGGUAGUUCAUGGUCUUUGUCAAGCUUCGAGGGCAUCGGAGGCUCUCUGGGUGUUGGAGGAGCUGAGAAGUAGGAGCUGCAAACCUGAUUUUAUGGCUUAUAGAAUUGUUAUGGAAGCUUUUCGAGAAAUGGGAGAUGUAGUGGAGAAAGACAGAGUUUUGAAGUUGAAGCGGAAGUUAGGAGUAGCUCCGAGGGCGAAUGACUAUAGAGAGUUUUUAUUUACUCUGAUUUCUGAAAGACUAAUGAAGGAAGCCACACAGUUGGGUGAGGUCAUCGUUAGCGACUUUCCCCUGGAGGAUGAUAUCCUUAACGCAUUGAUUGGAACAAUCUCAGCUGAUGAUCCCCAAUCAGCAAUCGCCUUCUUUAGGUUCAUGAUCAAGAAGGGAAAGUUCCCGACACUUUUGACAUUGAGCAAUUUGUGUAGAAACUUAUGCAAGCACAACAAAACUGACGUACUGGUGCAGGUGUAUCAAGUCUUGGAUUCUGGUGGUUAUUUUGCUGAUGCGGAGAGUUACAAUGUGAUGGUCUCAUUUUUAUGUAAGGCUGGAAGAGUAAGAGAAGCUUAUGGAAUCCUUCAGGUGAUGAAGAAGAAAGGGUUGGGCCCAGAUGUGUUUGGCUAUAAUUCUGUUCUGGAUGCAUGUUGUCAGGAAGAUCUUAUGCGUCCAGCUAAAAGGCUGUGGGAUGAGAUGUUUUCAAGUGGGUGUUCUGGAGAUUUGAGAACAUAUACUAUCUUGAUCAAGAAGUUCUCUGAAAUAGGGCAAGUUGAAGAGGCAAGGAGGCUGUUUUACCACAUGUUGGAGAAAGGGUUGGAACCGGAUUCCUUAAUCUACAGAUCUCUCAUUGAAGGGCUUUGUCAAGAAGCAAACUUUGAAGCUGCCUUUGAUAUUUUUGAUAAGUGUAUUGAACAGGAUCCAACUCUUGCCAAGAGUGUCCUCAAUGCAUUCGUCCUGUGUCUCUGCAGAAAAGGUGAUUUUGUUACUGCUUCAAAGUUGCUCCAACGUUUCAAUUGUGAUUUGGACAAUUUAGACUCCCAUGUCACUUUCCUGAAAUAUUUAAAUGAUGCAGACGAGGCUGGACUUGCCCUUGAACACAUGAAAUGGAUUAGGGAAAAAUCUUCUCUGAUGAUGAGACAUAUUUCAUCAGAACUUGUAUUCCUACUUUCUUCUGCAUCUAAAUCGGAACCAAUUUUGAACUGGCUUGACAGAGUGCAAGGGAAGGAAUUAUCUUGCGGUCAAUAAUCUUUUGCUCCUGAAUGUUUUAAGAAUGAUACUCGAAGUUAGUACUUUUCGGACUUUCUU